GAGUCGGACAAAGCCACAGAGGCUCAUAUCAAAAUGCUGAAGGAGCAGUACCACAUGAGCGCCUCCAACCCAAAGAAAGCUGCAAAGGACACGAUCGACUUCGCAAUGAAGAAAACGUGGCACGCCAGAUACAGCUGGAUUUGGGGAACAUGUCGUCCGUCCUGGGGGGAGGUGUUGGAGCGGUACCCUCAUCUCAACAUGUCAGACCAUGUAAAGGAAGACUACAUCAGACUGAGGUACGUCUGGAAAAAUCUAAGCGAGUACUUGGCGAGUGGCAAGGCCACGCGCCUCGUUGACAUGUGCAAGGAGAAGAAGAUGGAGUACAAGGGAGAAAAGAGACCAGCCAAGGAGGCAAAGAAGGACAUCGAUUUGAUGAGAGAGUCGGCCGCAAGCAGGGGGGAAGAUGGAGAAGUGUGGGCUGCCAUCGCCUGCAUCCCAUACCUGGCCAAGGAGGACCCACUUUUCUGGAUCUGUGAGAAGCCACUCGGAAACGGGCAACCCUGUGUCGUUGUCAGGAAUCCAGGGACUGGCAGCGCGAAUGUAACGUUUGAGCCCUAUUUGGAUGCACAGAGACUGUGCCCUGAGGAAUCCCUAGGCCUGGAGAAGUGCUUCGAAGUCCUUAUCCAGGCAAUCCACCUGGUUGGUGCUCAGUUCACCAUGAAGACGCGCAAGUCGUGGUGGCUGGUUUGCGAGACAAUGCUGGGUGUGAGAGAGAAGGGUUCCACCUCUCACCUAAGUAGUCCGUUCAGGGUACUCCACGGGCUGGUGGAGACAGCAUGAGCAUUGUUUUAGAUUGUUCAUCUUAAUUUAUAUGAGCUUUAAUGUAAGUUGUAUCUUGCUGAGUAGGUAAUGUUGUGAAAUUCAUGUAGAUAUUUCUUGAACUCCAGAUUAUUUUUCAUUCUAAGUUUGAUAAUGAAUAUGAAGCCGUAGUGAUGUCACAUUGAUGUAGACAUUUCAUGAACGGUAGUGGGUUUCUUUCCACCAGGUUGUUCAUUAGUUUAGUGCCUUAAUUUAUUUCAGCUAUUGUUGAGUAAUUAAUUGUUUGAUAUUAAUGUAGAUAUUUGUACAACUUUCUUUUUUUUUUCUAAGUGUAAUUAGGACAACACAUCCGUAGUGUUGUCCAUGUAGACAUUUAGUGAAGGUUACUGAGUUGCU